UCUCAAGAGCAGGACAUCAAACUGCACAGAUGUGGGAAGGAAAACACUCCCUGCCUGAAGAUUCACCAGUCUGGGCCAGGCAAAAGCUGCUGCCUGAGAAAUGCCCCAAGGGCAUCGGCCGAGGCUGGCCCGCCCCUCCACAACCAGCAUAAAAGCCGACUCAGGGCCUGUCUCCCUCACACACUUCUCCUCACACCUUCUCCUUCUACUCCUGCUCACAACCAGGGAUCCUCCACACCACACCCAUGGCCUGCUACAACCUCUGCCAGCCCUGCGGACCCACCCCGCUGGCCAACAGCUGCAACGAGCCCUGUGCCCUGCAAUGCCAGGACUCCAGCGUCGUCACCAACCCUUCCCCGGUGCUGGUCACCCUGCCAGGACCCAUCAUGACCUCCUUCCCCCAGAACACCGCAGUUGGAUCCACCUCCUCGGCUGCCGUGGGCACUGAACUCAGUGUGCAGGGACAGCCCAUCUCUGGUGGAUUUGGUGGCUUUGGCUACGGCCUUGGCUAUGGCCGUGGCUUUGGCUAUGGGCUGGGUGGCCUGGGCUGCUAUGGCAGAAGGGGCGGCUACAUCUGCUAAGGGCCCUCAGCACUACCCCUGACACCACCAGCUCGGUGCUGUGGCAACAGCUCCUGCAAGCAAAGCACCUCGACUGAUGGUACCCUUAUUGUACCUCACACCA